GGCUCCGAGUCUGAGUCAAUUUCCCAUUUCAAACUGACGUCAGGACGGCUAUAAAACUCAGCAAUGCUUUUAAACUCAUCUGCUGGGUGAGCCUUUAAAAUUCUCCAACAAGCCCGGGGUAUUUAUUUUUUUCUACAAGACUGCAGUUUGUCUACUACUUGCAUCUUCUACCGUCUCCAAUUUACGCAGUAUAUUUUUAAAGAAGCCAUGAAGUGUUAAUGUUUGAAAUACAAGGCUGCCGAUAUUCUCAUGCAUUGAAAGGAAAAGGGCGAGACGCGCGCACCGCUCUGAUGCGUCUGUGCAAUAGACUCUGCAAAGGGAAAAUCAUUUAGGAAAAGAUUGUCGCUGCAAAUUGAAAACCUUUUUUCUUGGUUUGAAAUAAAUAAAUAAAUAUCAAGCUGGCGCACACUCUUUCAAACCAGAACAGUUUGACAGCUGCUCUUCACCCCCUUUGGAGGACUGUCAACAGCAAAAGGAUGGCAUCAGAACUGGCAAUGAGCAACUCCGACCUGCCCACCAGUCCCCUGGCCAUGGAAUAUGUUAAUGACUUCGAUCUGAUGAAGUUUGAAGUGAAAAAGGAGCCGGUGGAGCCCGAUCGCAGCAUCAGCCAGUGCAGCCGCCUGAUCGCCGGGGGAUCCCUGUCUUCCACCCCGAUGAGCACGCCUUGCAGUUCGGUACCUCCUUCUCCAAGCUUCUCGGCGCCUAGUCCGGGCUCCGGGAGCGAACAGAAGGCGCACUUGGAGGAUUUUUACUGGAUGACCGGUUACCAACAGCAGCUGAACCCGGAGGCAUUGGGUUUCAGCCCCGAAGACGCCGUGGAGGCGCUGAUCAACAGCAGUCAUCAGCUUCAGAGCUUCGAUGGUUAUGCUAGAGGGCAGCAGUUUCCCGGUGCAGCCGGAUCGGGAGGCACUAUGGCCGGGGAAGAAAUUGGUUCGGCAGCUGCGGUAGUAUCCGCAGUUAUCGCGGCUGCUGCAGCGCAGAAUGGGGGUCCACACCAUCACCACCAUCACCAUCACGCCGGAGGACAUCACCAAGCACCAGGCAUCCCCUCCAACGGAAACUCGGGAGGAAAUCACCAACAUAUGCAUUUGGAUGACCGAUUUACGGACGAUCAGCUGGUGACUAUGUCAGUGCGAGAGCUCAAUCGGCAGCUACGCGGGGUCAGCAAAGAAGAAGUGAUCAGGCUUAAACAAAAGAGGAGAACCCUCAAAAACAGAGGCUAUGCCCAGUCAUGCCGCUACAAGAGGGUCCAGCAGAGGCACGUCCUGGAAGGCGAGAAGACCCAGCUAAUUCAGCAAGUGGAUCACCUCAAACAAGAGAUCUCCAGGCUGGUCCGGGAGAGGGAUGCCUACAAGGAAAAAUACGAGAAGCUUAUCAGCAAUGGCUUCAGAGAAAACGGCUCCAGCAGUGACAACAACCCUUCGUCUCCAGAAUUUUUCAUGUCCUCAAGAAAGUUUCUACACCUGUGAUAGAGAAGAUCCUGUGUCCUUGGCCUGGAAGUCUGAGAAAACACAAUGCCGGAAUGCCGAUGGCAGACAGCGAGCCUGGAAGCACAACAUUUAAUAUACACCACCACAGCAGAAGACGAGAAGAAAUCACACAACCGCAGCAGCGUUCCUCAAAGCCUCUUCCACCUCUCCAUUCCUCUUUCUAUUCAACUUUUUUCUGUUUCUGAGCAAUAACAAGAAAAAAUAGACAUUCAAUUUCAACAAAACAGUGCUAUUGAAAAGAAUAUUUUCUCUUCAGGUGAAAUUAUCUACGCAUGUUUGAUUAAACCAGAAGAACAUCACCCUAUCCCUGGGCAGCCCUUGAAAGAAUUACUCCACUGGAGGACUCCUUGUGUUUAUCAUCACAUUUUAUUGCAUUUUUUUUGUACACAUUACCUUUUUAUCUAGGGUAAACAUGUUAGACCUCCUUACUUAGUGCUAACAGUUUGCAUAAUGAAAUAACUUAUAAGCAGUGUUCCUUAAUACCCAGGUACAUUAGCACAUAAACUCCAAAUGAAUGGCAUAGAAUAGAGUGAAAUGGACUCAUGUACAAGCGACUGCGGCAUUUCAUAGUGGAUUAUCCAGUAUUCCUUUCGAUCAAGGUUUUCAUACCUGUAUAUAUUGUAAACAGGUCUGCGUUGUCAAUUUUCUUUAAACUACCAUGAGAAUAUAUAAUUCAGUGUGUUUUCUAUAUCUAUAUUGGAAUAUAUUGACGUAAACAGCUAAACUAGACUGUGCAGUUUAGAUUUUCACCAUAAAAAUUGUGUAAAAUAAGACUUUGAUUUGGAGGGGUAAGAAUUCCAAAG